GCUCACUACGGUCGACACACUGCCGCCUGGAUCUACUUCCGGGAUCUUCCCUGUUUUGUACAAGGAUAGCGCCUGCGGUCUCCUCCCCUCUCGGGUUGAGCAGAAGCCACAUCGAUCUACGGCCUCCUCUUGUCUUGGGCUGAUCAAAGGUCGAAGCAUCACCAUAGGCCUCCUCUCCAUUCGGGUUGAGCAGAAGCCCAGCAAGCAGCGUUUCUCCUGCGAACCGCUUCCAACCGUUGAUGAGCAGGUAGAGAUUAGGUGGUAUAAGGUUAUGUGAUGGCUAAGAGUAGGGACAGAACCGAAGAUUUUAGGGAAGCUACCCAUGCGACAGCUCUCUCUUUUGGCUACGACGAGGCCAAAUUGGUUGCGCUCUUGGCAUCCUUCAUUUUGCGCAAACCCUUGGAGAAACCUCCAUUUGAAAAAGCUGCAAUUAAGACGCUUGAAAGUAUUUCAGAAUUGGAACACUUCAUCACUAAGCAUCGGAAAGAUUAUGUGGAUCUGCAUCGAAUCACUGAACAGGAGAGGGACAACAUUGAACAUGAAACAACAAAACAUAAUUGAGCGAAUACUGGAGGAUGUUCAACAAUUGAAAUCGUCUGCAAGAAAACCAAGGACUGUUCCCUACUAUGCCCACAUUUUAGCAAUCAAAAUCCAAGCAGCAUAUAGAGGUUACAGGGUACUUGAUCCAACCAUGAGGCCGAGUAUAAAAGAGCUUUAAA